UCUCAAAUAAAGAAAAAUAGAGAGAGAGAGAGAAAGAAUACAGAAAUUGGGAGCUUAACAAUUAAUUUGUUGGAGAAGAAAGACAGCCUCAAUUUCUCCUAAAAAGAAAUUCUUUUCUUUUCUUUUGUGUUUUAUUCAUUGUCAAUUUAAGUAAGGUGUUGAAAAAGAUAAAAUAGUAUGGAGGGUCCAGAGAGAAGGCGGAGUUUGAGUAGAAGCAUAAGCCGGAGUAUGAGCAGAGCAAGUUGGGGCAUGGAGGACGUUUUUGCUUCGGGAAACCAUUCGCGUAGAAACAUGCAUAUGGACGAAGAAGAAGAAGCGCUCAAAUGGGCUGCCAUUGAAAAGCUUCCCACCUAUAAUCGCCUGCGGACGAGCAUAAUGCAAUCGUUCGUGGAGAAUCAAGGUGGCCACGGUAACAACCAAGUGGCCGUCCACAGAGAAGUCGAUGUCCGAAAGCUUGACUUGAACGACAGGCAGACAUUCAUAGACAGGAUUUUUAAGGUCGCUGAAGAAGAUAAUGAAAAAUUCUUGAGAAAGUUUAGGGACAGAAUUGAAAAAGUUGGUGUGAGAUUACCAACAGUUGAAGUUAGGUUUGAGCAUUUGACAGUUGAAGCGGAUUGCCACAUUGGCAGCAGGGCUCUUCCGACUCUCCCAAACGCUGCCUUAAAUCUUGCUGAAUCAGCUAUUGGUUUACUUGGGAUUAGUAUGGCCAAGAGAACCAAGCUUACCAUACUUAAAGAUGCAUCUGGCAUGAUUAAACCAUCAAGGAUGACUCUUCUAUUAGGGCCCCCUUCUUCAGGGAAAACAACCCUUCUGCUGGCUUUAGCUGGAAAGUUGGACCCCACCUUAAAGGUAAAAGGAGAAAUCACUUACAAUGGCUAUAAGCUCAAGGAAUUUGUGCCACAAAAAACUUCUGCAUACAUUAGCCAAAAUGAUGUCCAUGUCGGUGAAAUGACCGUCAAAGAAACCUUAGAUUUCUCGGCCAGAUGCCUUGGAGUUGGGACUCGUUAUGACCUUCUUGCUGAGCUUGCUAGACGUGAAAAGGAUAAUAAAAUUAUUCCAGAGGCUGAACUAGACCUUUUCAUGAAGGCAACUGCUGUGGAAGGAGUUGAGAACAGUCUCAUUACUGAUUACACUCUUAGAAUUUUAGGACUUGAUGUGUGUAAAGACACUAUUGUUGGAGAUGAUAUGCAGCGAGGGAUAUCUGGUGGACAAAAGAAACGAGUGACAACAGGAGAAAUGAUAGUGGGGCCCACAAAAACACUAUUCAUGGAUGAGAUAUCAACGGGUCUAGAUAGUUCCACCACAUUCCAAAUAGUGAAGUGUCUUCAGCAGAUCGUACACCUCACCGAAGCUACGGUGUUGAUGUCCUUACUCCAGCCCGCCCCCGAGACCUUUGAUCUUUUUGAUGACAUCAUCCUCUUGUCUGAGGGCCAGAUCGUCUACGAGGGCCCACGAGAACACAUUUUGGACUUCUUCGCCAGCUGUGGCUUCCGCUGUCCCGAGAGAAAAGGAACAGCUGAUUUCUUACAAGAGGUGACGUCGAAGAAAGACCAAGAGCAAUACUGGUCAGAGCGAAACAAGCCGUACCAGCACGUACCGGUUUCUGAGUUCGCGAGCAGGUUCAAGAGGUUCCACGUGGGCAUGAGGCUUGAGAACGAGCUCUCGGUCUCGUUCGACAAGGAACGAGGUCACAAAGCAGCCUUGGUAUUUGAAAAGUACUCGGUCUCCAAAAUGGAGCUUUUGAAAGCUUGUGUCGACAAGGAAUGGCUACUGAUAAAGAGAAACUCUUUCGUUUAUAUCUUCAAAUCGGUUCAAAUGGUCAUCGUGGCGUUCAUUGCCGCGACAGUGUUCUUGAAACCCACAAUGAAGACCAGAAACGAAGACGAUGGAGCUGUAUUCAUUGGUGCUCUGUUAUUCUCCAUGAUACAUAACAUGUUUAAUGGCUUCUCUGAGCUCUCAAUGACCAUUGUUAGACUCCCUGUGUUUUACAAGCAAAGAGACCUUCUUUUCCACCCUGCUUGGACUUUCACUCUUCCCACUGCCGUGCUUAAAAUACCCAUUUCAAUAUUCGAAUCCUUAAUUUGGAUAAUCAUGACAUAUUACUCUAUCGGGUUCGCUCCAGAAGCUAGCAGGUUCUUCAAGCAGCUAUUACUGAUAUUUGCGACGCAACAAAUGGCUUCUGGGUUAUUUAGGCUUGUUGCCGGAGUUUGCAGGACUAUGAUAAUAGCCAACACUGGUGGGGCACUUGGUCUGCUUCUUGUGUUCAUGCUUGGAGGUUUCAUUAUUCCUAGAGAGCAAAUUCCGAAAUGGUGGGUCUGGGGAUAUUGGGUUUCGCCUAUGAGUUAUGGUUACAAUGCCAUCGCUGUGAAUGAAAUGUUUGCUCCAAGGUGGAUGAACCAGACGGUAUCGCUUACAGACAAGACUCCCUUGGGCUUGAAGAUACUUCAGAAUGUUAAUGUGUUCCCCGACAAAAAUUGGUUUUGGAUUGGCACUGCAGCUCUUUUCGGGUUCGCAGUUCUGUUCAACGUCCUUUUCACGUUCGCUCUUAUGUAUCUAAGUCCACCUAACAAGCCACAAGCCAUAAUAUCUGAAGAAACUGCUCAAGAGAUGGAAGGGGACCAAGAAGAAUCAAAGGAAGAGCCAAGACUUCGAAGACCCAAGUCAAACAAGGAGUCAAUGCAUAGAUCACUGUCUACUGCAGAUGGAAACAACACAAGAGAAAUGGCAAUCCGGCGAAUGACCAGUCGAUCUAAUCCCAAUGCACUAAGCAGAAAUGGCGAUUCUAAUCUUGAAGAGGCCAAUGGAGUUGCGCCCAAAAGAGGAAUGGUGCUGCCAUUCACUCCUCUUGCAAUGUCUUUUGACAGUGUGAACUACUUUGUGGAUAUGCCCCCAGAAAUGAAGGAACAAGGAGUGCCAGAGGACAGGUUACAGCUACUUCGUGAAGUAACAGGUGCAUUUAGGCCUGGAGUAUUGACUGCACUAAUGGGAGUCAGUGGAGCUGGAAAGACAACUUUGAUGGAUGUUUUAGCAGGAAGAAAGACAGGUGGUUACGUUGAAGGCGAUAUUAGAAUUUCCGGGUUCCCCAAGAAACAAGAAACCUUUGCAAGAAUUUCUGGUUAUUGUGAACAAAAUGACAUCCAUUCACCACAAGUCACAGUUAAAGAAUCCCUGAUUUACUCCGCAUUCCUUAGGCUCCCUAAGGAAGUCAGCAAGGAAGAGAAAAUGAUUUUUGUGGACGAAGUGAUGGAAUUAGUUGAGCUGGAAACUCUGAAGGAUGCCAUAGUGGGACUUCCCGGAAUCACAGGAUUGUCAACUGAACAAAGAAAGAGGUUGACUAUUGCGGUGGAGCUUGUUGCUAAUCCUUCAAUCAUUUUCAUGGAUGAACCAACAUCAGGUCUUGAUGCAAGAGCAGCUGCUAUUGUUAUGAGGGCUGUUAGAAACACUGUUGACACUGGAAGAACAGUUGUCUGCACAAUUCAUCAGCCCAGCAUUGAUAUCUUUGAAGCUUUUGAUGAGUUACUAUUGAUGAAGAGAGGAGGACAAGUGAUAUAUUCUGGACCCUUGGGUCGCAAUUCUCACAAGAUCAUUGAGUACUUUGAGGAAAUUCCCGGAGUGCAAAAGAUCACACCCAAGUACAAUCCGGCAACAUGGAUGUUGGAAGUGAGCUCAAUUGCAGCUGAAGUCCGCCUUAAGAUGGACUUUGCUGAACACUACAAAAAUUCAGCCUUGCACCAACGUAAUAAGUCUUUGGUAAAGGAAUUAAGCAUGCCGCCACCGGGAGCAAAAGAUCUUUAUUUUGCUACUGAGUACUCUCAGUCAUCAUAUGGACAGUUCAAAUCCUGCCUUUGGAAGCAGUGGUGGACAUAUUGGCGAAGUCCUGAUUAUAACCUUGUUAGAUAUUUCUUCACCUUGGCUUGUGCUCUCAUGCUUGGAACCAUUUUCUGGAAGGUUGGAACCAAAAGGGGGAGCUCGACUGAUCUGAUGAUGGUUAUUGGUGCUAUGUAUGCUUCCGUGACGUUUUUGGGAAUUAACAACUGCUCAACUGUACAACCUAUAGUAGCCAUUGAGAGAACUGUAUUCUAUCGUGAAAGAGCCGCUGGAAUGUACUCUGCUUUGCCAUAUGCCUUAGCACAGAUGCUAACUGAAAUACCAUAUGUGCUUGUUCAAACGAGUUACUACACUGUUAUAGUGUAUGCCAUGGUGAGCUUUGAAUGGACAGCAGUUAAAUUCUUCUGGUUCUUCUUCGUCAACUUCUUCUCCUUCCUAUACUUCACCUACUACGGCAUGAUGACUGUUUCCAUCACGCCAAAUCACCAAGUCGCCGCCAUCUUCGCCGCGGCUUUCUAUGCACUCUUCAACCUCUUCUCUGGUUUCUUUAUCCCAAGACCGAAAAUUCCAAAGUGGUGGGUUUGGUAUUAUUGGAUUUGCCCAGUGGCAUGGACAGUGUACGGAUUGAUUGUCUCACAGUAUGGUGAUGUUACAGACCUGAUCGAUGUGCCUAAUAUAGGUAAACGCACCAUCAAGUGGUACAUUGAAGACCAUUUUGGGUACAACCCAGAUUUCAUGGGAGUAGUUGCAGCAGUUCUGGUUGGCUUUACAGCCUUCUUCGCUUUCAUGUUUGCUUACUGCAUCAAGACACUCAACUUCCAAAUGAGAUAGAGAAGAGAAGUUUAUAUAUAACCCAAGCAUUCUUUUGUUUUGUUCAAAGUUUAUCUAUAUUGUAAAUACAUGUAAAUAUAUGUAGAUUGAAAAAUUGGCAUUUCUUGAAGAAGACUUGAAUUGUCAUUCUGGGAAACCAGAUGAAAUUUUCGAUCUAUAUAUAUACCCACAUAUAUGAUUGUCUUUAGAUUAUAAGGAGUAUAGUUAAGAGAGUUUUGGUAUUUAUAUUUUACAAGUGUAGAGUUUAAUGUAAUGCAUCUUCUUUUUCAAUAAAAAUACAGUGACAACAUUUUUUCCAA